UAUUUUAUGGCCACCUCUCAAGGGGUCCUCAUUCACGUGCGUCAGCGGCACACGUUUCGAGGAUACACGGCACAACAGCUCAUGGUUGAACUGACGGUGGAUUUCUAUUUUUUUCCGAGUUGCAGGUCACGUUUCUUUGCAUCUGGUCAUCAUAUUGUCCCACAGACUUCCAUCCAGAGCUGUACGCUGUUUAAGGAUGGGGAAGAGAAGCAGGCAGAGGCAGAAAAACCAAACUGCUGGAAGGGACAACAGAGACAACGCUGUCUGGGGAGCUGGCUAUGCUGACAUUGUCAAGGAAAAUAAGCUGUUUGAGCACUACUACAAGGAGCAAGGCCUGGUGCCUGAGGGAGAGUUUGAGCAGUUUAUGGAGGCAAUGAGGGAACCUCUGCCAGCAACCAUCCGGAUCACUGGAUACAAGAGCCAUGCCAAGGAGAUCCUCCACUGUCUAAAGGAAAAAUACUUCAAGGAUAUUCAGGAGCUGGAGAUUGAUGGCCAGAAGAUUGAGGCUCCGCAGGCUCUGAGCUGGUAUCCUGAUGAACAGGCCUGGCACACUAACAUAAGCAGGAAGAUCAUUAGGAAGUCUCCCCUGCUUGAAAAGUUCCACCAGUUUCUGGUCAGCGAGACUGAGUCGGGUAACAUCAGCCGGCAGGAAGCUGUCAGUAUGAUCCCUCCGCUCCUCCUGAAGAUUGAGCCCAGCCACAAGAUCCUGGACAUGUGUGCAGCCCCAGGGUCAAAAACAGCGCAGCUCAUUGAGAUGCUCCACGCUGACAUGGAUGUGCCAUUUCCAGAGGGCUUUGUAAUUGCCAACGAUGUGGACAACAAGCGCUGCUACCUGCUCGUGCACCAGGCGAAGCGUCUCAACAGUCCCUGCAUAAUGGUGGUCAACCAUGAUGCCUCCUGCAUCCCAAUGCUCCAGAUCGAUUCAGACGGCAAGAAGGACAUCCUCUUUUAUGACCGCAUCCUGUGUGACGUGCCCUGCAGCGGGGACGGCACCAUGAGGAAGAACAUAGAUGUGUGGAAGAAAUGGACAACCAGCAAUAGCCUGCAUCUCCAUGGGCUCCAGCUGCGGAUUGCAGUCCGUGGGGUCGAACAGCUGGCUGUGGGAGGUAGGAUGGUCUACUCCACCUGUUCACUCAACCCAAUAGAGGAUGAAGCUGUCAUAGCAGCACUGCUGGAGAAGAGCGAAGGAGCGCUGGAGCUGGCUGACAGCUCAGCUGACCUGCCAGGCCUGAAGUGGAUGCCUGGGGUUACUUCCUGGAAGCUGAUGACCAAAGAGGGCCAGUGGUACUCAGACUGGUCUAAGGUUCCAAGCAGUCGCCACACACAGAUCCGCCCUACCAUGUUCCCGCCUAAAGACCCAGAGAAACUGGCUAGCAUGCAUCUGGAGAGAUGUAUGAGGAUUCUGCCACAUCACCAGAAUACUGGAGGUUUCUUUGUGGCCGUGCUGGUGAAGAAAGCCCCGAUGCCUUGGAACAAAAGAUAUCCCAAGCUGAGGAAGGAAAUGUCAUCCAGCUCUGCAGCCCAGACCAGAGGCACUCCAGCGGCCUCACCCUUGGCAGAUGCUCCCCACCUCCCCAAGAGUGCUGUGGAGGAGGGGGAGAGGGGAGGCCCUGAAGAAAAGGUAAACUGGGAGGCAGAAAAGGACACAGCCAAAGGAUCAUCUCUGGCUCAAGAGGCUACUUCUAAACAAGACGGAGUGUGUGGGCCUCCACCCUCUAAGAAGAUGAGGCUGUUUGGUUAUAAAGAAGACCCCUUUGUGUUCCUGACAGAAGAUGACCCUGUCUUCACCACCAUACAAUCUUUCUAUGAUCUGUCCUCUGACUUCCCCAAACUCAAUAUUCUGACCCGGACCCAUGAGGGCAAGAAGAGACACCUGUACAUGGUGUCUAAAGAGCUCCGCAAUGUGCUACUUAAUAACAGCGAGAGCAUGAAGGUCAUUAACACAGGGGUGAAGGUGUGGUCACGCAACAGUGACGGAGAGGAGUUUGGCUGUGCCUUUAGACUGGCUCAGGAGGGCAUCUACACUGUUCAGCCAUAUAUUCGCUCCAGGAUAAUCCAAGUGAGCGUGGAGGACAUCAAAGUGCUUCUGACCCAGGAGAACCCCUUCCUCAGUAAACUGGAGUAUGACGCUCACUCUCAGGCCAAGAAGCUAGGAAUGGGUAGCAUUGUGCUGAAGUACAUUCCCAACCCAAAUAACUCCACGGAGCCUCAGUGUCCCAUCCAACUGUGUGGCUGGAGGGGAAAGACGUCCAUCCGAGCCUUUGUCCCCCGCAAUGAGAGGUUUCAUUACCUCCGAAUGUUAGGUGUGGAGGUCUUCAGAGACAAACAGGGUGUGGGGCAGAAACGGAAAGAAGCUGAAACGGAAGGAAAGGACAAGGAGGAUGAGGUAGAAAAAGAUGCAGCGGAGGAAGGAUCAGCUGAAAUCGAGGGAGACCUGGACUUGGAGCAGGGUGAUGAAAUUACAUCAUCGGAGCCAAAGGACAGCAGCGGUACCCAGGAGACCAGCAGCUGAGUAGAGGAGACAGAAAGGCUGACUGAAAAGGAAUAACAGGUCUAAGAGCUGAUCAGGUUCAAGACCACGUGUUGUGGUAGAGGAGCUUCACUGUUCACGAUACUGCCACUGUGGAAGGAUUCCUUGCCAGAAACAGACUCCCAUGGGAUAUUUGAGGAGUCAGCUUUUUAGUUAAUUGCCUGUCAUUAUUUUAUAUGACUUAUUUUUAUGUUUUUAACAAAUUUAUUGCACUGGCCAGGUGGUGUCAAUAUUCUUUCAGUUAUCACGUUUAUAUUAACUGCCAUCUUAUUUUCUACACCUGUGAUUAAGCAGACAUAUGGAGUUGAUUUAAAAAUGUUAAGGGUUAGCGCUGUCACCAAAUUAUUUGACUUGAUCCUUUCAGGUCUGAAGUGUAAAGUCGUGCUUAAGUUGCUUAGUCAUGCUUAAUGUUAUGCAAGCUACAGACUUAAUAAAACACAGGCAUGCGGAACUUAAACACUAUCUAAGGUAGUACAUACCUCCUUAGGUCUGGACUCAGUAGUUCCCACAUUAAUGUCCAGGAUUGAUCCAGGGUGCAUCAGAAGUUUUCCAGGUUUCACUACCAAAGCAAGGCAAUAUUUACAUUAACUAGCAUUUUUAUGUUUGUAAAUGUAAAAACCCCACUAAAUAUGCAGUUAUGCCAUUGCAGGUUGAAGCAGUCAGGUGAUAUACCUUAUGAAACAAAACAUGCCUUUUUAGCCAAUGGAAAUCAUUUUGCAUGUUUCAGAAGCAGCACAAUGCCAAAUGAGAACUACAUGGCGACACAGAAUGAUAGAAGUACAUUAAAUCAAGUAUCAUAUUUCAUUUUUUAUUGGUUUAGUAUUUAUCUACCAUCUGUGUAAGAUGGUAGAUUACUUUUUUUUCUCUUCCCUCUUUUUCUUGUCAGAGUAGGUCUGUUAUGUUAGUCUAGUGGUAUUAACAUGCUCACAGUGAGAAUGCUAGUGUGCU